AUGCUAUUGGAAUGUCUUCCCAACGAGAUCCUCAACGGUAUUCUUGGCGACUUGCAUGCAAGUGACUUCGAGCAUGCAGCGCUCACCUGCAAAGCGUGGUACAGGCUACUGGAGCCGUCUUUAGUACAUCACAAUGACAUCCGCCGGAAAUGGCACAGAGUAAAAUUCGGCGACCGGUCAGGUCCACAGCGGUUCCUGGGCAUCGAGCUCAAUUCGGCUUUGCAGCUCCUGGUCAGAAUUGCCCAGGAGCCUGUCAUUGCAUUGUACAUCACCCACCUCGACCUAGGAAAGAUGUCAAUCGCCCUGUCAUCCAUCGCCAAUGGCAACAGGGAGGAUCGAGAUGCUGGCAUAAUGUCUAACGGAAAGCCCUCGGACCAGGCUAGAGGGCUGCUGGUAGAGUGUGCGAGAGAUUCGGUCCACCUCCGAGAUUUGAACAUCAAGCCCGAGGAGUGGCUUGCUCACGUCGAGCAGUGCAUCCUAAGCACCAAUUGGGACAGUUGCCUCGAGAAUCAAAUGAGAGAGAGUGACCACAUUGACAGAUCGUUUCCUGACGUCUAUAAUCUCAUCGAUAUGCUCAUCGCGCGAGCAAAUGAUGAGUCUCUUAGGGGACAACCGCUAAGCAAGCUAAAGACACUCGGCUCGGAAGACAUUACGCAGCACAAGAGAGAUGAUCAGUCUUCCAUCAUUCCAUUCAUGUCACUCAAGUCGUUGCGCACAGUCUCGUCAUAUACGCGCAACUGCGGACGGCCUACCAAUGCAGACUGGCUCGUCCGUUAUCAGCCACUCGGGCCGAAUCUGGAAGAAGCGACACUUCGUGGUGUGGCGCUGGACGCUUUAUCGAGCAACUUGCUGCUGCGUGCCAUGGGCAGUCUCCGUUCAGUGAAGCUGCAACUCGUCACCAGGUUUGACCUUGGACCUCGCAAAAUCAUUCCCGCGCUGCGACCGUGCCGUGGCGAUUGGCUGGACGACGAUCCGAUCCGCGGAAUGCAUGGUUUCCGGUGUCUGAAAGAGAUCAAGAUAUUCACCGGCUUCCUUUACAGGGCGCAAGAUCCAUACAUCAGCAAUCAAACACCAAGCGAAUUUGGCCCACAGUCAUGUCCAAAGCUCGAAGAGCUUCUGAUAAACAGUCGUCAAACACUGCAGAGGGUACAGAUCCACGUCGGCGAUUACGAAGCUGAUGAGAUAUGCGUGACGAGACUGCUCCAAGGCAUUGAACUUGGAACCACGCCCUUUACAGCACUCCAGCGAGUCAAACUGGUCUUCGGUGCAAACAAUGACCCAGGUAGCACUACACGCGUGACAAAGAAAAUGCUCAAGGCAAAGGCGAGAACAUACAGAGAGAAGCUGCACCUACAUCCCGAGUUCGAGAUCGACGUCAAGGACUAUUCCGGGGAGCUCUCGUCUGAGUCAGAGACGGAGGCAGACUCUGUAACGGGCUGA